UUGUGAUAGAUGUUUCACGGAAAGAACCAUUUCGCCUUAAUCCCUAUCAGCUAGUUUCUCAGUGAAGUAAUACUGUUGAUUGUGUGUUCAGAUUUAGUUGCAUAGAGAAGUUGUUGAACAAAGCCAGUGGUAAAUGUGAAGCCAAUAUCACAAAGCGGUUAACUGUAUAACUCAAUAAAAUGGUGUUAUGUUACCUAUUUGUUUGUGUUGAUUAUUGAUUCAGCUGUGGAGACGAUUCAAUUAGUUUUGUGAGUACAAAGGCUAAUCAAUACGUGAAAGUGAAACCUGAUUUGUUGUCGUCAGGAUCGUGAAGAUGUUUAGAUGAAUCUGCAUAUUAUUGUGCAUGGAUGAAACAUGCUCAACCUAUCGUUGGUGGUUUUUCUUCAAAUAAAAUAAGGAAAUAUCCAAGCAGCGAAAUUCUCAUACAUAAAAGUUCCUGAUAAACGGAUACAUAAACGGUUGUGUGUGCAAGAGGCAAGUCUCUCUUUACGGGGAAAAAAUAAUGACCUUAACCUAGGAGGAUACUGCAUUCAUGAACACCACGAGAUAGUAUACAAUUUGAACAAAAGGAGUAAAACAUAAAAUGGAAACUCUCUACACCGGCCACAUACAUGGAUUUCCACCCACGGGAAACAUAUCUUAUGGCUCGCUUAGCACCGCAUGGGGCUCUCAAGGUGGUUUGAUUGCUCUAGGUGUUGUAUUAGGCAGCUCAGUUAGCCUUGUUGGAUUGGCUUUUGCUUUCAUCACUUAUAGCUUGUUUUCCGAUUUGAAAUCACUAGCUGGAACUGCUCUUUUAAGCUUGCUGGCUUCUCUGUUCAUGAGCCAGCUGUUGUUUGUUAUUGGCGUAGGUGGUGUACAGGACGCAGAGUUAUGCCUAUCACUAUCACUGGCAUUGCUGUUCAUGAAAUUGGCAUCCCUUUGUUGGCUCUGCUGCUGUUGUCAUCAUGCGCUUGUGAUGUUCCGAUCCAAUACUAAUCUCAAUCACUACCCAGAGCAAAGCAUGGGAAAAGUACUUGCAAACUAUAGUAUUAUAUCUUGGGGUUUUCCAUUGCUGAUGCUUGGAGUUGCAGCAGCGUUUAAAUAUAAAGAAAGAGAUGUAAAAAUUAGUGGUGCCCAAGUGAUUGCGCAAAUUGUCCACGAGUUAAACGGUGAUGACCAUUGCUGGUUAAUGGAGGGAUCCGCUUACAUAUGGGGCUUUCUCGUGCCAGCGACUGUACUGCUGUUCUGUGGUUUCUAUCUAGCCUGCCAGGGAGGAGGAGCAAUCAAAAUUGCAGCAGCCUUGCAAGUAGACUCUCGUGCAAAAAAUAAGCUUGUCAAGAAACGAGGAUUACAAAUAGGACUAUUCUUCAAGAUUCUUAUAGUACUUGCUACAGUUGUUGGUCUUGGUACUAUAGCCUCCAUUUGGAAUGUGGUUGAACUUUGGUCAAUCUACAGUAUAGCACAAGGAGUGCAGGGGCUUGUGAUAGCAUUGCUGGUGUCAUGUAACUGCAAAGUGUUGAAGCUUUACUCGGCACCAAGAAGCAGCAAAACACGGAGAGGAAAUUAUCGAAACUUAAAGGAUGGAGAUGGUGGACGCUAUGGAGUUCUAUCGAUUGCCAAUCCUAACUAUGAAGACAAAACUCACAUUGUGGCGGAUGAAAGUAGCACGUGUCUUACGAAAUUGUCAUACAAGGAAAGAAGUUUUGUGGACCGUAUGGACAGUGUACCGACUGCCCUCGAUUGCUCGUUUAACGGCGAGCUAUCCACUUCGCUAUCAAUUGAUGAACUACCAAGAAAACCGUUACCAAUACCUGUUUAGGAAAUUUCAAGAAUAGAAUGUAAACAUAUCUUUCAGUGGAUAUUAACUAUUGUAUUUACUGUAGGACUACUGAGAAGGAUGCACUAAAUAAUAGGGCUGAAGAUAUUGAAGAACGUAAGGCCCGGACAAUAAGGCAUAAGGGGGAACAGAAGUAAUAAGCAAACCGUAUCAAAAACAUCAUCAAACUAUGAAAGAUUUCUUAUAUCAAUCCAUUAAAUUACCCAUAUCAUCGGCAGCAUAUUGAGGCCCCUUGAGUGUCCUUUAGAAUAUUGGGUCUGUUUAUUGGCAUUAGAUAAUCAGUAGUACCAAUGACCAUUAGGAAUGAUAUUUGUUUCUCUAUAUUGUCGUAAUCGAUUAACCUCGCUUUAAAUCAAUCAGGGGUAACAGUCGAAAGGUAAGAAAGUGUAAGGAAUUAACAUAUCUACUAUUGUCUUUUAAUUUGAAUUUGAUUGCCAUUUGAUAACCACAUGCCAUUCAGAUAUUUUUAAUUUUACUUUGAUAAACGUACGAUUAUAUGUAUGAAACUCUUUUCUGAGUUUCGCUUGGAAAUAGUUUGUUUUGCUAAUUUUAAUUGUAAGGUUUGAAACAUAUCAAAUAGAAUGAGAGAAUGUCUAAUACCUAAACACCUAUUUUUGGUACUUAUGGAGCGGCAAAGGGUUAACGAUUGGAAUUGAGGAUCAGUGAAGAUGGUGAAGAAAAUAGAAAGUAGAAAAGAACUAAAGCUUGGCAUCGAGUGGUAUUUUACUCAAUAAGGACAUACUCAUCUUAAUUUUUGCAAAAAUGUUAGUCAGGUAUGUAAAAAACAGAUUGAUGAAAAUGUUCUACUGAAAUAAAGCA